AUGAUCGGAUGGAUUAAAAAACGUUGUAACAGGAGAAGAUCAGAUCCUACUGGAGGGAAACUUAAAGAAUUGGGUAAAGGAAUCAAGGAGGUCGAAUCCGAUUUUCCUCUUUACUUUACAUUAGAAAACAAAACUUGUGUCACGAUUGAGGAAGAAAAUCCCUAUGAAGAAGUUGGAAACGCAUCUAGUAUAAAGUUAGAAAAAGCCCAUAACACCACUACCAAGUGCCAUGCAUGUCCUCUAUGCAGAAGAACAUCGUUGAAUAUACAUUGUUCAUGUCACACUGUUACGCCCUCGAGUUCAAAAGGUUCAUCUAAAUUUACCGAGGAACCAAUAUACGAACUCGCAAAAUCUCCCUUUGUGAAAUCAAAAUGUAAAAUUGAAAGGAGUUAUUCAUACUCUUGUGGAAAUUACCGAAGACCUUUACCAGAAAUUCCAAGGAACAGCAUCAUUGAAGCUUCGUCAACUGAGGAUGCAUGUUAUGGUUAUGAAAGUAUUGGGUCAGAUAGUGGUAUGAGUUCGGAUGGUGGUAGCGAGAAACACGUCUACAGUGGUUAUGAACCUGUGUUUAACAACCAAGAUGAUUUUACUGGUAUGAUAUCAGAUGAUAGCGACUACGAAGAAAUAGAAACACUUCCUAUUGUGAGAAAACCGAGAAGAUGCAGUCUUGGUCCAUCUUUUAAAUUUGAAUCUGGUGGGGCUAAGUCUAGGAACAUGAGAAAACAUUGUUUGAGAAAACAAGCUCAAUGCUAA